AGGUUCUCAUCAAAGACAAUAAUAGCUGUUAGGAACAAAUAUAAUGCUUUUUACUAAUUUAUUAAAAUAUUACAGUUUAAACAGUUUUCAUUUUUUUUUUCCAGCGGGGAACCAGGAGCCUUGUCCUGCUUUCCGGCAUGAACCAGGUCACACUCCAGUGGGACGUGAUAAUAGCCCUUUACAUUUUCUUCAGUUGGUGUCAUGCAGGAAUUACAAAUAUAAACUGUUCUGGACGCAUCUGGGUAGAACCAGCCAAAAUUUUUAAGAUGGGUAUGAAUGUCUCCAUAUACUGCCAAGCAGCAAUUAAGAAUUGCCAACCAAGGAAAAUUUACUUUUAUAAAAACGGCAUCAAAGAAAGAUUUCAAAUCACAAGAAUGAAUAAAACAACAGCUCGGCUGCAGUAUAACAGCUUUCUGGAACCACACGCCUCUGUGCACUGCACCGCGGAGUGUCCGGGGUAUUUUCAAGAGACAUUGAUAUGCGGGGAAGACAUUUCUUCCGGAUAUCCACCAGAUGUCCCUGACAAGGUAACCUGUGUGAUUUAUGAAUAUUCAGGCAACAUGACUUGUACCUGGAAUACCGGGAAGCCCACCUGCAUAGACACAAAGUAUGUGGUGCAUGUGAAGAGUUUAGAGACAGAAGAAGAGCAAGAAUAUUUCACCUCAGAUUAUAUUAACAUCUCCACUGAUUCAUUACAAGGAGGCAAGAAGUAUCUGGUUUGGGUCCAAGCUGCAAAUGUGCUGGGCACAGAGAAGUCGAAACCGUUACGAGUUCACCUGGAUGAUAUAGUGAUACCUUCUGCGUCCAUCAUUUCCGGGGCGGAGGAUAUAAAUACUACAGUGCCCAAGACUAUAAUUCAUUGGAAUAGUCAAUCAACAAUCGAAAAGGUUUCCUGUGAAAUGAGAUACAAGGCUACAACAAACCAAACUUGGAAUGUUAAAGAAUUUGACACCAAUUUCACAUACGUGCAACAGUCAGAAUUCUACUUGGACUCAAACACUGAGUACGUAUUUCAAGUGAGAUGUCAAGAAACGGGUAAAAUUUACUGGCAGCCCUGGAGUCCACCUUUUUUUCAUAAAACACCUGAUGCAGUUCCCCAGGUCACGCGGAAAUCAUUCCAACAUGAUUCUCAGAAUUCUGGGCUUCUAAUUACUUCCCUUUUUAAAGGGCACCUUACUUCUGACAACGGGCAACAAGACAUUCACCUGUUAUCGGGAACCGUCUCCUUUGCUGUCAUGUUGUCGAUUCUCUCUUUGAUUGGGAUCUUUAACCGAUCCCUCCGAACUGGAAUUAAACGAAGAAUCUUAUUGCUAAUACCAAAGUGGCUUCAUGAAGAUAUCCCUGAUUUGGAAAACAGUAAUGUUGUGAAAAUGCUACAGGAAAAAAAUGAAUUUAUGAAUAAUAGUUCCAGUGAACAGGUCCUAUAUGUUGAUCCGGUGAUUACAGAGAUAGAAAUCCUUCUCCCAGAAGAACACAAGCCCACGGCCUACAAGGACAAGAAUGCAGCAUCUCUGGAGCCCAGGGACCGCCUGCAGAAGUCACUACUCACCAGUACGACAGUCGUGUACAUUCCUGAUCUCAACACCGGCUACAAACCCCAGAUUUCCAAUUUUCUCACCGGGGGAAACCAUGUCGGCAAUGGUGAUGAGACAGCUUCCUCAACCCUCGGGCCGGUUGCUUCCUUGGACCUGGGAAAGAAUGCCAGGGUUAAACAAUAUCCUAAUUUUGCUCUUUCUGUCGCAACUAUGAAUUCACUGAGCAACACUCUAUUCCUCGAAGAAUUAAGCCUCAUUUUAAAUCAAGGAGAGUGCAGUCCCCCGGACACGCAAAACUCAGUAGAGAGGGAAAGCCCCGUGCUCCUGGAAAAUGCUUCGCCCGAUGAAACUGUUCCAGAACAGAACCUGCUGCCUGAUGACUUCGUCUCCUGUUUGGGGAUCAUGAACGAGGAGUUGCCAUCUAUUAAUCCUUAUUUUCCACAAAAUAUUUUGGAAAGCCACUUCAACAGGAUCUCACUCUUGGAAGAGUAGAGCUGUGGAGUCAAGAUGAAUAAGGGCACGCCGCCUUACAAUCCAGUUGGAGCUCAC